CUCCACAGUACCAGUACUGGCACGGUACUCCGGACCACCGGGUCGCUCGAACAUCGCGCCGUUUCCAUCGGGAACCGUUUUCACCGGAUAUCGAUAUCCGUGUUUACGCGACAGCGCAUCGACGGCCGACGUUCGACUCGGGUUUAACCGGAUCUGAACACGAUAUUCGACCGGGUGCAAAACGAUCCAGCGCUGGAUCUGUGGCAAGUCAACGCAUCACGACGGUGUCUCGGCCGAUAAUGCGCGUAUCCGGUGCAGCUAGCAUUAAAGCGACGAAAACAGCGCGUUGCUAGCCACUUCGUUGCCUCUGUCUCGCUAAUGAUUCAACGUUUUAAUCGUUCUCGUCAAACUGUCUACGUCUGCAAGCGGAUCAUCGCCGUUUGGAUCACGUACCACCGGGAUAAGGCAUUCUAGACGAGCAACGUCGCGCAUGCAGACGAUGCAACAACGAUGGUGUGCGUCGUCGUCCGCUGAGAUUGGCCUUGCCUAGGGAUUUCAGAUGUUGGAACACUGGGAAGUUGAAUCUCUCGGAAAAGUUUGCGGAUCUGGAUCUGAUUAUCUCGUAUUAAAAUAACAGCUUCCGAGUAGCGCCAAAGACCAAGCUCACCUCCGACUCGAAGGGAAAGACUCUAAGUCGUUGGGCAAAAUUGUGACCGUUGUCCGCGAAAAAUGGAUAACGGUGAAAAUUCUGCGCGACGAGUGAGGAUAUCAGUCGACGAUAUUCGUAUUACAAUUUCAACAAACAGACACUAACUUGGCGAACUCGAAGAAGUCGGCUAGCCAAGAUCGCCUUGAAUAGAAGAUUCAUAUCUCGCGGAUCUCCUCGUACCGGUGGACCAUGGUACGCUAUUUAAGGAGAUGAUAGCCGACAUACAUUGAAGAGCCUGCUGGAACUGAGAGGAUUAUAUCUCGUACGUCAUGGAAGAACACGUAAACCAGGCUGCGAACUCGUCCACCGACGGGUUGGCGUUCACCGAUGCCUCCAUCAUCCUCAGGGCUCUGGUCCUUGGUCUCCUGAUACUCGUCACCGUUGUUGGGAACCUGUUCGUGAUAGCAGCGAUCCUGCUCGAGCGAAAUCUACAGUCAGUGGCGAAUUAUUUGAUCGUCAGUUUGGCUGUCGCUGAUCUCAUGGUCGCUUGCCUGGUCAUGCCCCUUGGAGCAGUUUACGAGAUAAACUCGGGAUGGUCGUUGGGGCCUGAGCUUUGCGACAUGUGGACCAGCAGCGACGUCCUCUGCUGCACUGCCUCGAUAUUGCAUCUGGUGGCUAUCGCGGUCGACAGAUAUUGGGCAGUCACCGAUCUCAAUUAUAUACAGGCAAGGAAUCCACGGCGGAUCGGUAUGUUGAUCGCCACCGUCUGGUUGGUGUCCUUAGGAAUCUCGUUGGCGCCUCAACUUGGCUGGAAGGAUCCUGAUUAUUUGGACCGUAUAGCGGAUGGGACGUGUCUCGUGUCGCAGGACCCUGCAUACCAGAUUUUUGCCACUUGCACCACUUUCUACCUGCCACUGCUCGUUAUUCUAUUCCUGUACUGGAGGAUAUUUCAGGCGGCACGAAAGCGAAUCAGAAAGAGACCAGGAACUAUCGUGCAACCACCUCGUGAAAGAAGAGGCAUCCUUAGACUCGUCACAAGAAGACCGAGGGAGGAGUCAACAGCGUUCACCAUAACAAGAUCCACGCCGGACCAUUCGUCGAUCUCGCCGGAGAAGUCGUCGUCGUACAACGGCGCGAAUGCGACGCAGUCGACCACCGUCACACCGUCAACGGUAUCAACGACAACGACCACCACGACGACCACCGUCACCAAUCCUUCUAGCAGCCAUUCGACCUCCUCGAGCAAGAGAACACGCGAAACGAUCGAGUCGAAACGCGAGAGGAAAGCUGCGAAAACACUGGCGAUAAUCACCGGGGCGUUCGUCGCGUGUUGGUUGCCUUUCUUCUCGGUCGCGUUGCUUCGUGCCACGUGCGAGGCCUGCGAGCCACCGGAGCUAAUAGCGAGUGUCUUCCUGUGGCUGGGCUACUUCAACAGCACCCUGAACCCUGUGAUAUACACGGUAUUUUCACCAGAGUUCAGGCAAGCCUUCAAGAGGAUGCUUUGCGGUGGUUCCAGGAUAAUUCGCUGACAGUGGAUUUAAAUUCGAUGAAAAAUGAAACGCGACAGGAGAAUGAGCAGUGUGCGAGUGAGUGAAAUUGAACAGAUGUAUGGAUGAAUGAUGAACGAUCAUCUUGUACAUAAAACAGUUAUUAUUAAUUCCUUCCUCUCCUUUGGAAUAGUUCAAGUGCUACGUUCAAAUGCCGUAUCAUACUUAGGCAAACCUUAGAGAUACCGUAGAGAUUUGUCCCCUGAAAGAUUCCGUUGGAACGACGAGUUUAACGGCCAUUUGGAUGCUGAUCGAGGUUAACACUUUCGCUGCUAUUGACGUAUAUUGUGUGUCGAUUUAAUUAUCUAAGGAUUAGCGAUCCCGUUGACGCACAUGGUACGUCGCUCUGAUUAUUUCACAGUACGAAGCUCUACUGGCGCAAUUGUUGAGCUUUCGCGUGUUAUAUAAUGACCUAAAAAGGCUAGAGGGAAGCGUGGAAUAAAGAAAUAAUUGUUACUCCAGAUGAGGAAAGACGCUUUCGAUGAACAAAAAUUUGCAGUUCCAGAAAUGGGCAAGUAAUAUUUAAAUAUAUAGCAGCGAAUGUGUUCAAAAUUUACACUUAGUCGACGUUGCCCGGAAAAGUUUCCCGUGCAACGACGCGAUUUUUAGAAACUAAAAGACAUUGUAUGUGGCCGAUUCGACGGCUGUUUCUAUCGAAACGACUGUUUCUAAUAUAACGCUGCAUCUUACGCGAAGAAUCCCGUCUUUGAAAUAGCUCUGUAUUCCUCGGAUAUGUCUAACGAUAAAAUAAAGAUACUUUAUCUACUAACGUUUAAUUAACGGCUGGAAGGACCGCCAAAAUACUUUCGAACAGAAUGGGGCGGAUCAAAAGCGGAGAAACGAGAGAGCGAUUGAAAUCUCGGAUUGGUGGAUUACCAGUGACCCAGUUGACGCCUUUACGAUAGUUCCGAUCGAUUAUUUCAAGAUUUCAAUGAAGGCAACGUUGUUUGAAUAGAAUUGUCUAGUAACUUAUGCUUUACGAUUAACGUACGAUGAAACAGGAAAAUUUCAUUCGAUUUACUGUAAUUCCUAGAUCCACAGAAAUUGCUGGUGAUUUAAUUAGACGAUACGUCAACGAUCUAUUAUACGAUCGUAUGUAAAUUAGAACUAUCGUAUAUUUACCGAGGCAGGUCGAGAGGAAAGGUGAUUAAAAUCGAUUAAUUUCUCCUGAUUGCUCGAAUCGUUCGAAAUAUUGGCGUCACGAAUAACGUAUACGCAACAACUAUCGCGUACAUAUGUAUAAACGUUCAUUUUUUUCGUUGCUGCUCACAAAAUCGUUCUGAGAUCGUCUUAAAAAAAAAAAAAAAAAAAAAAAAAAUGAUAUCGAUUAAAGAUAACAUAGAGUUAGGUCAUCGACGAUGAAAAUAGAUGGUCGAUUUCUCUUCAUCAAAAAAGAAAAAAGAAGCAAAAAAAAAAAGGUAUCGUAGUUUCCACUGAUGUUCCAUUGAAUUCGUGAAUCAGAACGACGCGUUAACGUCGUCCUCUUGUAAAUACUAUGGCGUUUCUAUAGCAAAUAAUCUUCCUUCCCUAAGGUAUUUAAAUGAAUCGGUGAUAAAGAAAAAGGCGGCCAGGUCGAUCAGCUUGCGCCAGCUAGUUCGCAUCGUUGUUCUCGAGUAGCAGAUGAUCGAAAUUUUGCGCUUCCGUGUCGCGUUCGAUUGCUCACGAUUUCGAUUUGACGCGGGACACGUCGGAAGAGAUCGUCUUCCACGCUCUGCUAAUGUUCCACGAUCGUGCAUACAGAUCUGAAUCGUGUUUUCUUCGAAGAAGCAAACACUUUUUAUAAGCUGCUUGAUUUUUAAAAAAUUUUUCAUCGAAUAAUUGGUUCCUUCCUUCUUUCCAAUUUCUUUGAUAUCGCAGUCGUAAUUUUUAAUAAUUCACUGAAGCUUUAGCUUUAAUCAAAUUUUUUAUUAAAUGCCUCUUCCUUUCCUUCUGGAUAUUUUCAUUCAUAUUUCGAUCGAUCGCGCUCUUUGUGUAAUUCUUUGCACCUUUAAUUUCAUCCUUAAUAUGUUUAAACGUUUAUGCGAUUUUCCAAUGAAUAAGUUUUCCUUUCUUCCUGAAUAUUUGCGUUAAUAUUAAAUUAUAACAUAUAUUCGUCUCGUUUUCUCCGUAUGGUGAUAUAAUAAAAACGGGACGAAUCAAUGUUUCCUUUGAUUCUACAUUCUAUUCUUGAUUUUUAUAGUUCUCCGUCCUUUCAGUCUUUUAUCGUAAUUUUAUAGCACAACGUUUUACCGAACACUUUUUCCUUCUCUGAAUAUUUAUUAUAUUUCAAUUGACUCUGCAUCUGUUUAUUUUAAUUCCAUGCACUCUUCGCUUUUCCCUUCCGUUUCAACGACGUAAUUAUUCUACUUAUUUUUACAUCAUUUUUCUUUUAUCAAGUUUCCGAAAUCUUAUAUCCAGACACGUAAAGUGACAAGUUACGUGUUCGUAAAUCGUCAGAAGAUUGUAUCAACGAUCGUCCAAUAACGCCUUACUAUGUACGAAUGCAUACUCUAUCUACUAGCGAGUUAUAUCAGCGUUCGGUGGUAGACACUUCGAACUCUGUAGAGCAAUGCGAAGAUCGAAAUAAAAUAAGAAACAGCGAGAUGAACGAAGAAAACAUAUACUAAGCGACUGUAGUACAGAAAUGUGUACUAUUUGUCCAGCGAUUUAAUUAGCUUAAGAUUGCGCCCUUUUUCGAUGAUGCAAUAUUAAAAUAAACGAGGUCGAGGAGAAGUCCCAUGGUGUUCGAAUGUGGCGUAAAAACGUAGGAAACAUACAUACGUUUUAAAAAAGAGAGGCGAGGAAACACGAGACGAGAAACGAAAAAAUACCAGAACGUUUACAACGAUGCUUCGUAUGUAUAUUAUUUCUUUGCAAUCACUGAUGUAAAUAAAUGCAACAGUUUGAAAAAC